AUGGGCACACGGCAGCGAAAAGGCAAGGCUGUGGGGGCACACGGGAAGGGUGAAUCUUUUGGCGAUCCUACGAACCUCCAACAGCACUUGCACUGGCGUGGCACAGCAGCUGAAGACACAGGAAUUCAUAAAGGCACACCAGCCGCUGAAGACCGAAUGGCUUCUCGCAACAUCCAAUCUAACGGUCGCAAAGGUCUCCAGAACGAGAAAGGACAGAAGGCCAAGGAUACUUUUUCGAAGGCUGCAGCACUUGCUGAGUCAGAUAUUGACGAUGGCUCAAAUUUGUUGGGGUCUGGUGCACACACUCUUAAUGCAGCGGGUGAUCAGGAAAGAGUAAGGAAAGAGAGAGAACGGAGACGCACUAAAAAGGAAGAUCGCAGCCGGAACAGAGACAUGCACGCCAAGCAGAAGAAAGCGUUCAAAGGGUCUCUUUUCUCCGAGUUUUUCCAGGGGAUUUCCGGCAGGGAUAUUAGGUCUCGAGUUGCAUCUUGGCUGGUGUACAUCAUAGUACUUUCUGCUAUCGUCGGUGUGGCGCAGUGCGUGAUGGUUUGCUGUGUCGCGGACAUGCCAGGCAUUUUCGUGUUAAGAGCGCUCGAAGAAUACUAUGGCAUGGACGGCGAUGUGAGCGGAGAACAGCGACUGCACUACCUCAGUGUUCUGGGUUUGGAAGAUGGAGCGUCAGAAAGCGACAUUAGAAGAUCAUACAGGACUCUCUCUGUUCGGUGGCAUCCUGACCGCUACCCGAACUGCGGUGCUAACUGCCAGCAACGGUUUCAAGAGAUUGCAGCUGCGUACGAAUACUUGAUGAGAAAACAGCGAAAGUCGAGUGUAGAUGACGAAGCAGGGGAACGGGGAGAAAGCGCAGAAGGCGAAGAAUAUGCCAACGUGAAGGUCACUUCUCAGGGGAUAGUUGAUUUCACCAACCUAGGACCUAACGACGUGUUUCCCCCGACCUCUGACACAAAGAACGUGUGGUCUAUCAUGGUUCAUCAAGACAAGGAUGACUGGAGCCAGUCUGUCUACGAGAUGUGGCAGGAGUCUUCACGGGCGCUGGGCAAGUAUGUUAAGUUUGGCGUCAUCUCUGUCCGGGGACGAAAAGGCAAAGACGCCUUGAAAAAGCUACCCAUCAACGUCAAAAUAUUCCCAGCGAUUUUGCUUCUGACGGCCGGCAUGCACCCUGAGCAAUAUCCUAAUAUCUCACGCCCUUCUGUGGAGUCACUGAACCGCUUCAUCGCCGACGCCUUCCCUUCCAGCCUUGAUGUUGUUGAUAGCGAUAUUUGGACCGUCAUAGCGAAGUUUGUGCUUUCUGUCUCAGCUCGGCUGCUCAAGUCUUGGCUGUCGUCAUCGGCUUCUUCCCAGCCGCUCGCUGCCCAGUAUAAAGCGGUGAUCAUCCCUUCUGCUGCCUUAGCAAGCAAGCCUUCACUCCUAGUGAAGCAUGCAGCGUUUGCAAACAAGCACCUGUUCAAUUUUUGUUUUCUUUCUAACAUACGUUCCAUCCUGACAAGCGAAAAGGAAGAGCUGGUUAAUGUCAUCGAGAACCCGCCGACGUGGGUUACUCAACUGCCUCCCGACAGUGCGGCAGCCAAGGCGCUGAAACUCCCUGUACACACGGAGAAGCUACGCGAACAAGACCUCACGUCUAGCUCGAACAUCCUGCUUUUUGUUGACGAAGGCAGAGGCAUUUCCCGGAUUCAAGCCACUUUGCAUACUGUCCGGUCAAAGCUUCUCAACCCGUCUACUGCUCUAGCUCUGGCUUUGGAUCGUUUCAAAGAGGUAGGCGCAGGGAAAAAAGCCAAGUGA